UGUAUGUUCUGUAUUCAUGGCAAUUGCCAUUUUCUGCAAAAGCAAGGAGGGUUCUGCCAUUGCAGAGAACUUUUAGACCUGUUCAAGUUGCAGUACAAACUAGCCAACUGAUAGAGCGUACCUUCGACUGUGGACUCGAAUUUUCCCCUCGGCUCUUCGGUUUCUGGAGAAAGAGAGGCUCCCUGCAUACGCGUUUAUAGCGGCGAAUAUUGUUGGUCUGCUCAUUGCUUCACUUUUCUGAUGUUGAAAUGGUUGACAUUUGUCAGAAAUGUGGAGACAGAGGUUUUGUUGAGGCUUUAAAUUAUUGUAAAAAAUGCCAGACUUAUCCUAUCCAUCGCUAUUGCUUAGAUGCAUUGCCAAAAACUUUUGAUGAGUAUGUUACUUGGUUUUGUGAAGAUUGUGAGGCAAUUAUAAUGCCAGCAGUAAAAUCUGAUGUCAAGUUAAAGAAAAAGUGUGUCGAACAAUCAAAGAAAAAUGAUACAACACCUGAGGCACAUUGCAGUGAAAAGAAAAAUGAUACAACACCUGGAGGGCUGGGAGAGCAAGUUCGAGAAGGUGGGGCCAAUCAUGGUGAAGUCACAACAUCAUCUGAUGCAUCCAACUUUUUAGGGCACAACUGUUAUGUUGCACGGCCUAUAGUAGAUCCCAUUUGGAGGGGAACGUUAAAAUUUUGGGUCAAAAAUUUUGCCAGAGUUGGUGUAUUUGUUGCCCAUAUGUCUAGCUUAGCAUGCUCAAAAGUGUAUGAGGAGGCAAAAUCGUUACCCGAGUCACUCCCUGUUGAAUUACUCUGUAGAUGUGAAAUAUGGCCUAGAGGAUUUGAGAAAUUAGGGCCAACUGAUCUAAGUAUUGCUCUUUAUUUCUUUCCAGAAGACGAAAGAAGCCAAAGGGCAUUUGAUCUUCUGGUCAAUGCAAUGAUGUGCAAGGACCUAGCCAUGAAAGCUGUGUUGAAAAAUGCUGAGCUAUUAGUUUUUACUUCGUCCAUGUUACCAAUGCGAUACUGGAGAUUUCAAACAAAGUACUAUUUGUGGGGCGUGUUCCGAGGAAAGCAAGCUGCACAACCAAGAAAUAAUGUGGCUUCUGAGAGAAGUUUUACUGAGUCAUUACCUUGUAUGCAAAGCCCUAUAAGUCCUUUAAUCAAUGCCAGUAUUCUUCAUUAUUCUAGAUUCAAACUAUGAGACCAACAAAAAUACAGUUGUGACCAAAAGGCGAUGAUGAAGAGGUCAGACAUGAGGAAUGGUGAGAGCUCAGGAGUUUUCUAAUGUUCGUGCUUGAAACAAUUUUGGAGGAUCAGUAGAUGAUGAAUCUGUAUUGUCUUGUGUUUCUUUACUGAUGUAGAUGUACAUAGUUCCUACCUGAUCUCAGCUCUUCUGAGGCCAUUUACGUAACUGUCCAAAGUUCUGGUUUUUGUGCUUCAAUGCCAUAUGCCAAGGAGAGGAGGCCACAUGAAGUUUGGGGGAAUGCCACCCUUUACUAGCCUUUUGUAGUUCUUUAACCUUUUGUUGGGGAUGGCUUUUGUCUUGUGGCUUUGGUUCACCUAUUUGUUGGUGAUAUGUGAUAGUAUAUUGGUCCUUUGGAGAUACUAUUAAUUCCGGCUUGGGAUGAUUAGAGCUCGAAAGAAAGGUCUAAGAAGGCAGGAAAAAAAAAAAAAAGACAUGACAUGCAAUGAAUUGUUAUAAAGGAAAAAAUCUUAAUACGUAUGUCUACACUAAUAUUAUUUUUUGUCGAACAAUCUAUUACUUAAUAUUUGUCUGUUUGAGCUAUGGGUU